AUGACAAACGACACAAAUACAAACAAAACCACGCCGAAUGUGUUUGAACAUGCAUUACAAACGUGGAUUGAAAUCGAUUUGCCAAAUUUACAAAAGAAGCUUGAUGAACAAGGACUGGGAAUAAAAGAGGACCAAAAAUCAUCAGCUUUAAGUCGAAAGAACUUAGCCACGAAGACUAAAGAAUUCAGAAAACUAGAGGACGCAGGGAAGUUGGAGCAAAUCAAAUCCCUUUUAAAAUUGUAUCAGAAUGAAAUCGAUAGUCUAACAAGCAAAGGUAAAAAUGCUGAAAACUACUUUUUUGGGGUAUACCGGAUGAUUUCAGAAGCUCCAGAUCCUCGCCCAUUGUUGGAAAUGUGCCUAGACUCGGUAAUAGAAAGUAAAGAUGUGGCUAAUCUCAGAGCUGAAGUGACAAGAAUGGCAGAGGAGUUAGCGAAAAAGGCCGAUUAUGAUCAAUUGAAACAAAGAUUACGUUCCAAUGAACAAAAAUCAGCAGAACUUUUGGGCAAUCGAAUCAAAGCCAAAGAGAAUGAAUUUAAAGCAAUAUUGGAAGAGAAGGAAAGCAACUGGAACCAAAAAGAGAAGCAAUUUGAAGAUAGGUUGCUCACUGCCCAGAAGCAAAUCGAGGAAUUAAGAGCAUUUAAAGAAGUAUCAGAACUUCAGUUGGAUAAUCAAAAUCGAAAUACCACCAGUCAUGAAACUUCAGCUUCGGUAUUAGCCGAACUCGACAUGGUUAGAAGAGAUGCUGAACUGGCCAAAAAAAGAAUAUUUGAUCUUGAAAAGAGAAAUGAAGAUUUACGAAGAGAAAUUUCAAAAUCCAAGAAUGAUAAUGAUGCUGAAGUUGUACGUAAUGAAUGUGAUAAAAAGGUACAAGAAGUUGAGAGUGAAAAUGUUUUACUUGUUGCUAGUUUGGAUCAAGUUAGAAAACAAUUGGCUGAAGCUUCCAAAGGUUAUGAAACUAAAAUUGAGUCUAUGAAUAGAGAGAAUUCUCAAAUGAGUCAAGAAAUUGAAAACUUGAAAGCGAAAUUGAGCAAGGCUUCCGAUUAUGAGGACAUCAAGCUGGAACUUCAUUUACUCCGUCAAAUAGAGUUUGGACAUGGUGAUGAAGAUGACAAUGCACAAGGAGAAGGUGUCAAAUUGGAUUCGAUCGUAAUUGAGAGAAAUAAAGCCAUGACUCAGGAACUAGCACUGUACAGAUCACAACAUAAUGAUUUAGUCACCAAGAUUGACAAUCUUCAAAAACAAGUUGAUGUUUCAGCACAAACUAUAGAGUCAUUAAAACAAUUGAAUGAGAAAUUGGAAAAUGACUUGGCUGAUUUGCAAGAUUCAAACGGAGCAAAUAGAUUCAAUGAUAAUGCUAGUUUGAUUUCUGGUAUGAGUAGAUUUACGCGACCAUCACAUUUAAGAAGUGGAAGUAUUAUAUCGGGGAUGUCUGGAGAUAAAGGUGUCAAUGGAUCUGAUGAAUCGUCCAUUUUGCCAAUCAUUACCAAGCAAAGAGACAGGUUUAGAGAAAAGAAUAAUGAACUUGAGGAUGAACUUCGAAAACUGCAAAACAAAGUUAAUGAUCUUAAACGUCAAGUCAAUUCUUUGAAACAAGAUAAUGAAGAAUUGUAUGAAAGAGGACGGUACUUGGCCUCAUUCCAAACCCCGGGAACCAAGAACAUCACCACCACAGCAUCAGGUAGGAAAUUUCUCAACCCUAAACCAAACGUUGAUUUAGAACGCAAUGACAUUGAAUAUCAACGCAAUUACGAAAAGAAAUUACAUCCCAUUGAACAAUUUCGAAUUAAGGAACAAGAAAGAAUCAACUCCAGAUUAUCUCCAAUAGAAAGAUUAUUUAUAUCUCUUACAAGAGCAAUAUUGGCUACAAGAUUAACUCGAAUGGUGUUUUUUGCGUAUUGUUUAGGACUUCAUAUCAUUGUUAUGUUUAUUACCAUUUAUGCCAUGAAUAUCCAUACGUCAUUGAUACCUGAAGUGGGGUUGAAUAGCAGUACUGGUGGAGUAACUACAAACAAUGUUAAAUCGUCUCAGGUGAUUGAAAACAAUAGACCUGUAUAG